AUGCAGCAAUCGAUCGAGGCGUUCAAAGCAAUUAGACUCCAGGACACCCUCCAAGCAACCCAUCAACACUGGAAUGUGCUACUCGGUCUGGCAGAAAAAUAUAUCAAUCAGAAAGUCCUUAGUCCACUUGGUAUAAAUGCUUCCGUCCAGAGAGUACUCACUGGUGUUGGAUUGGCGAGUUACUUUGGCUACAUUAUAUCCAAAUACUUUAUCUACCGAUUAUACCUCAACCCAGUUAAUAAGAUACCCGGGCCACCCGUAAGCUGGUUUCCAUUUACUGGAAAUGCUAUCGAGAUUAUUAAGCUAGAGUCGGGAGCCCCUCACAAGAUAUGGAAAGAUAAAUAUGGUGGAAUUAUUAGUUAUCAUGGCCCUUGGAAUAGUCCUAGAGUAUUGGUGACAGAUGCCAAACUCCUCAAAUCAAUUUUGACAACAAACGAAUAUGACUACAUCAAAGCACCACAAACAAGUGAUUUUCUUCGAAAAUUCAUCGGAAAUGGUCUUUUAGUAGCCGAGGGGCAAGAGCAUAGAAAGCAACGCAAGAUGCUCAAUCCAGCCUUCAGCGUUAAUACCAUACGUUACAUGGUUCCUAUGAUGGCUAUUCCUGGUGUUCAUCUAUACAAGAAAUGGCAAAAGGCUCUUAAAGAAACCGACGCGCUUGAAGCCAAUGUCUCCCACGAACUCAGUCUUGCAACCCUAGAUGUGAUUGCUAUCGCAGGCUUUGGAGAAGAAUUCGAAGCUGUCAAGUUGGCCGACACACCUGAAAGGAACAAACUUGGUGAAGCUUACAUGCUUAUAUUUUCGCCUGAAAAGAGUAUCAUGCGCUUCCUUUCCUUCUUUUUCCCUAUUCUCAACAAACUGCCUACACAACGAAACCGUAAGGUUAAUCAUGAUCUUAGAACCCUGGGAACUGAAAGCAGAUAUUUGGUGGAGCGAGGCAAGAAGCGUACCGAGGAAAAUGAUUCUAAGAAUUCCAAAGAUAUAUUGUCCUUGAUGGUGAAAGAAAUUGACGAAGAUGGGCUGGGCAUGACUGUAUCCGAACUACAGGAUCAGUGUCUGACCUUCUUGGCUGCCGGGCAUGAAACAACAAGUGUGGCUUUGAGUUGGUGUUUGUGGUUACUUGCCAAAAACCCGGGAAUCCAAGAUGAGCUUCGAGAGGAAAUCCGACCUCUCUUUAGAAACCUUGACACCGACCAUCAUAUGUUUGACAGUUCGAAGGAUAGUAGAGAAAUGGCAAUUAAGAACGAAGCAAGCGUACCUAGCUACGAUGAUAUCAAUAGUCUCAAGUUACUCAACAAUGUCUGCAAGGAAACCCUGCGCGUUAUUCCACCUGUUCCUGUCACUAACCGCGUCACUCGAAAGGAAGUUAUCCUAGGCGACUAUAUUCUUCCAAAGGGAACUGACGUAUUUAUCAGCAUUAUCGCCAAUCACCAUUCUAAGCAAAUCUGGGGAGACGAUGCUGAGACAUUCAGACCCUCAAGGUGGGACGAAGAGUUAGCCAGUAAGGUCAGCCCUUACGAGUAUAUGCCAUUCUUGGCAGGUGGAAGACAAUGCAUUGGCUACAAGUUUGCAUUGGUUGAGAUGAAGAUUCUCUUGGCAAUCUUAAUUAUGGACUUUAAGUUUAGUGAGAAGCCUGGAUUUGAGCCCAAGAAAGAGCAAUUGAUUACCCUUAGACCCUCUCCCAACAUGACACUUAUUCUCGAGAAGGCCUAAUAAAUAGACGCCUAUUUUUUUUUCUGGCUGUUGUUGUUGUUGUUGGAUUGAUUAUUCAAAAUUCAAAAAUGAAAUAAAAUUAAGUGUAGAUAGCAAGAAAC